CAUCUGGGCUGGUUCCUUGGCGGGUGAGGACGUGCCUCCGCGUGUGUUGAAAGAAUAUUUGUCUUUUCAGGAGACAUUCCAGCGUUGGGUGUUCAAAGUGCUCCAGAAAUGUGGCUGUGUUGACCACUGACACUGUGUUGUGGAUUCAAGCUCCUAUAGAGAGCGGUCCUGGUUGAAACUUGAAUGUGUCAACCUCGCAACUGAACUGAAGUCGACAAGGACCUGCGUUUCGUUCUGCAAGUGAUUAUUAAUCGAUGCCAGCAGAACUGCGGGAAUGAACAGAACACCUUACUACACUCAUGUGUACAGACCGCCCGGCCAUGAUUCGGCAGCGUACCCGGCGGCGUCGGCGGCUGCUGCUGCCGCGGCCGCCUCUCGGCUGGGCACCUACAGCCUGCCGGGCGGCGCGUUCCACGCCGCCUGGCAGGCCGGCCUGCCGUACCCCGUGCGUCCCGCUGCGCCGGCGCCGGUGCCUGUCCGCCCGGAGCCGGAGCGGGCCGGCGUGCCCCCGCCGCCGCGGCUCCACCGACACGACCCGCUGUCGGCCGCCGCUGCCGCCGCCGCCGCCGACCAGUACGCGCUCGAGCAGCGCCGCUACAAGCAGCAGCUGGCGGUGCGCCCCCAGCAGCUGUGUUUGUGUGCGGCGUUGGUAUAUCAUCCGCCGGUCACGGGAUGA